AUGUUUCACUUAAAAAUAAAAACAAGCGAACAACUUCGCACAGAUAAUUCGAAUUUAAAUGGAAAUGAUUGUAUUCUUAUAACACCUCCUCUUUCACCUCCUAAGACGAAACCAUUGAGUUUUCAUUCAAAGGGAGUUCGGGAUGUUUCUUCGUUAAGGAAGCAAAAUUCAUGCGCUUGUAUGAAGGGAAUUGUAUAUGAGGUAUACAAAACGCAACCAAAGCUUUGGCUUCAGCAAGAAAGGAUUUGGCUUCGCAAAGAACACGUAAAACCAAUUACAAAAGCGCGUCGUCAAGGUUUCGUUGGGCGUCGUGGUAAUCGCAUUGUCUCUUCUGUUAUAGACACGGAGACUUCGUCUAAGAAUGCAUCUCGGGAACCUUCACCAUCAAGUAACGGAGGCACUCGCAAUUCGAAAUUGCCAACCCCGGAAUCUUCAGCUUCUCCUGUUGAAACAAGGGGAAGGAAAUCAACACGUGGAGCAGGUCAAUACAAUGGUAUGGACGUUGCAAACAUUCCUUUCGAAGCCCUGCCUGAUUAUUGUCCCGACAUGUCUGUGCUCGAUAAACGGUCUCACCCUCGUCCUUUGCGUGCUGAAUGGAAGGGUCCUCCUCUAGACCUUUCAAACGACCCUCAUUACCAUCUUUUGCACCCUGCCGAAGUCCAUUUGGCAUCUACCCUUCGCUUGCCUUGUAUGGUUUAUCUAGACAAUAAACGACGUAUCUUUGCUGAAUGGCAUUAUCGAAAGCAACAGGGAUUGGGUUUUCGGAAAACAGAUGCACAGCGUGCUAGUCGUGUGGAUGUCAACAAGGCUAGUCGAUUGUGGAAAGCUUUUCAUGAAGAAGGUUUUUUUGAUGACUAA